ACCAAACCAGAACCCCCUGACAAGUGACAGCCCGACCCGUCCUCGUCUGCCUACUCCGCUCGAUUCCUCCCACCGCCACGCCUCGGCGGCCCGGCGGCGACCGAUCCACCGAGCCAGCCUGUCAGCGGCCAGGGGCGCGCGGGGCGGGAUGCCGGGGCCGGGGGCGCACCUGCUGUACGCGCUGUCGGGCGGGGCGGCGCUGUCGCGGCUCGCCGGGCCGGGGGACCGCCGCUUCGGCGCGCACCACUGCGCCGUCUACGCCGCCAACGCGUUCCUCGGCCCGGACCUCGGCGCCUUCGCCGAGUGGCUCUGCUCCUUCCUCCCGUCCUCGGCCUCCGCGUCGGCCGCGGGGGACCUCGCCAUGUCGGCCGUGCACCACCCCUUCUACUACCCGCUCCUCCUCGGCCUCCCGCUCGCCUGUGCCUAUGCUUGGCUCUCCCGACGGCUGCUCCGCGCCGGCGUCCUCGACUCCCCCGGCGGGGUGCCACUAAACAAGAGGCAGUGUUUCUUGCUUAUCUCGGCCGGCUCGCUGUCUCAUUUUUUCCUGGACCACUUGUUUGAGGAGAAUGGCCAUUCUAAAAUGUACACUUGGAUCCUGAGCACUGGUUGGUGGAAAGGCCGUGCUCCUAUCAAUCCUGAUGCAGUGGUCAUUGUAGGACUUCUUUGCACUUGCCUCAUCGGGGGAUUUGUGUACAUCCACAGAGUGAAGCAUGGAAAGUCCGCAGCAGAAAAAUCAAACCAAUCUUUUUUUCUCAUCCUGGUGAUAGCCACCCUGUACUGUAUGUGGUGUGCCAGUCAGAUAUACCUGCGGCAACCCCCUCAACCUGCCAUAGGUGAAGAAGCUGAUCUUGGAGUGAUAAUCUUUCUUGCCAUUUAUCUCUUUCUCCCGCAUGGCUUGUGCGUCCUUUCAAUGAACCAAAAGGAUUAUACUGAUGCACUGAAUGAACUGCCACUUCGAUAAUUUGUGCUGUGCAUUUUUAUUCCCAUAUAUGCAGAAGAUCAAUUUGGUAACAGUCUGGUUUCUGCAUUAUGUUGUAAUUAGAUUUAGUUAUUAACUGGAUGAUUGCUAAUGCGCCUUUGUAUAGCCCUGUAAUUCUUUAGGAAACAUAUAUUGUUAUGGAAUAAAGUUGUAUUAUGGAUGACAUUGACUUCUAUUGAAAAAGAAUUUCAUUAUUUAAAUUAGUCACAUGGAGAUAGAUGGUACUGUUUGGUAUUCAAGGCACCCAUGACACCAUUUGGCACUAGGGGGUAUAUGCUGCAAAGCAAUUAUGUCUGACAAGCUAAUUAUUGUGGCUUGUGUACUUAUCAGUGUUUCCAUUUGUUAUCUAGAUCAUUGUAUUUCAUAUGAGGUAUCAUGCUUCUCUCUUUUUAUUGGUUUUCCUCUGCAGUACUCUCUCUAUAUUGUAAAGGGAGUCAUUUCGGACAUCGACACAGUCUCCCAAACAUAACUUUGACCACUAUCUUUUUGCUAUAAAGUUUAUAAAAUAUAGUCAAUAUAUACUUUUACAAAAGUACAUUUCAAGAUGAAUCUACUUACAUUGUUUUUAUAUUUUCAAACUCAAUCUAAAAGAAUUUAUUUAUAGUCAAAGUUUAAAAUAUUUCACUUAAGACAAACUCAAAACUGUUAGAGUAUAUUUGGUAGUUUAGAUAUUGUAUCCGGACUGCCAUACAUAUCCGGUGGGGUUGCCUUGCACCCCAAGUCUUGUACUCUUAUAUAUACCGGCCGAGGCCUCAAGCUAAUACAAUCCAUCCAUUACACCAAUUCUAUCCCUCCUACAUGGUAUCACGAGACUAGGGUUCCUAAUCCUAGACCUAGCUUCCGCCGCCGCCGCCACCGCCGCGCGCCCCCGGGGAGAUCCAUCUCCGCUGGGGGCAGCGCCCUCCUAGAUGCGCGGCCGGUCCCUCUGACCGCCGUGUUCGUCAUCGUCCUCGAGUCUGCGGUGGAUCCAUCUGAUCCCGCCGCCUGUCGUCGUGUCGUCAAGCUCCAGCAGAUCGAAGACCUCAUCGCUGUGCCGCCGGUCGCGCCCCUCCUUCACGCCGCCGGCUGGGCCCUCCCAUCCGCGCAGCCGUCGUGGUGGCAGCUGCACUCCUCGCCGCCGAUGCAGCGCGCCACCGUGGUGGUGGCCGCACCCUUAGUCGUGGUGGAGGAGGCCUGGACGGGUCCUCUUCGCCGGUGGCCGUCGCUCAGUCCUAUCCGCGUCGCUCCACCGUCGCUUCGCCUGAUCCGCGCCACCCCCGUCGUCCGCCCACGGACCAGCGCCCUGUCGCCUUCCCGAUCGGUUGCUGCUGUUGUUUUCUUUUUCCCGAUCUGUGAUCGGGUUUGCGUCCCCAUCGCCCACCGCCGUCGACUCGCGCAUCAUCGACAUCGGCUUCGACAACACCGACUUCCUCAUCUCCUUCGACUGUGUUGCUGGCUUGGCCUGCGGCGUAACCGGAACGCCUGCCUGUGCCGCGCCCCCUCGUCUGCACGUCGACCUACGUCGGCUCGUCUUCGCCACCACCGAUCGGGAGGCUCCACCUUCGACACCACCUUCGCCAUCGUUGUCUUCGCCUCGCACGCCGUCGGCCUGAUGAACCGAUCGCGCGAACCUCCCUCCUGAGACGUUUGUCGUCUAUUGCGCGAUGCUUCGCCAAGCAAGAGGGUUGCCGCUGCGUCGCCUCCUCGGGCAGCAGCGUCGCCGCCUAUCGUCGUCCUCGCCGUUGCAUCUACAUGCUGUCAACUCUAUCGGUGCGCGUCUUUCGCGCAUGGUCUUCGUCAAGCUGUACGAGUUCUUCGCCGUCUCCUUCGAGCACCGCCGCCGCGUCAUCCGGAUCACUCGGUCUUGUGCUAGAAAGUCUGGAUUCCCCUCAUCGCAUCGUCUAGCAUAACCACGUCGCCAGCGUCGCCAUCUCGUCCCCGACUACUUCGUCUACUCCAGCAACAGCAGGUGUUGGCGUCUUCUACCUCGCCUUCUUCUGCGCCUGCAACCGCCAUGGAGGCCUUCUCUGCUGGUCCCUCGGCGACGGCGUCUGGUUGUGCAUCCUCCCUUGCACGUCCGGUAUUGGCAACACCGGUGCGUGCCCAUCGUCCCCGAUGCGUUCCCGAGCCUGGCAAACUCGGGCAUGUGUCGCCCGAUGGCCUGACUGCAUCGACUUUGGCAUCGCUCCCUCUACGACUGCCUCGACGCGUCGCCAUCUUCGUCUCCGGCGUCUUCUCCAUUACGCCACCACCAUGGCGCCUCCUCGUACGCCCGCGGUUUCAUGUGCGGCUACCUCGUCUUCGGCAACUUUGACAGCUCUACGUCGACCACGGCUACUCUACGCACGGCAUCUUCGACCAUGGCUCCUUCAGCUCGGCUAUCUCGACAUCAGCACAAAGGGCUACCAUCCGCAUGAGUUUCUCGCCGGUUCUCUCCAGUCGCAGCAUCCGCAUUGCGCCGACGCUACAACUGCGGGGGGAUGUCAGUCCGUCGGUUCCUACCUUCGGCUUCUCCUCCAGUCUCACCUUCUGCAGUGCUCCCGCUAUGACUGCGGGGGGAUGUUAGAGUAUAUUUGGUAGUUUAGAUAUUGUAUCCGGACUGCCAUACAUAUCCGGUGGGGUUGCCUUGCACCCCAAGUCUUGUACUCUUAUAUAUACCGGCCGAGGCCUCAAGCUAAUACAAUCCAUCCAUUACACCAAUUCUAUCCCUCCUACAAAAACGACUUCCUUUACAAAAUGGAGGGAGUAGUUAUACUUUUAUGUAUAAUGUGGAACAAAAGAUGCUGCAAUAUUCAAGCUGACAUCAUACUGUAGGUCUAGAUUAGAGUACUGUCUCUAGUUUUGGUCUCUAACUACCUCUUAGGUGUGAAGUAGUUGUAUCGGGUUGUCUUAAAACAUUUUGAUGUAAAUUUGUCAACACUCAAAUGGGUUUUGUUCACUUUAGUGCACAAAAAUGUUUAAUCAUGUUUAAACAUUAAGGGGCACUAGUAGCUAUGCAAGGGACUCAAUGAUGCUAAUGCUGUUGUGCUUCGCAUCAUCUCUCAAGGAGAUCUCAAGUGCCUUCUCCAGCUUUGACACAACUUGCUCCAUGGAUGGCCGCUGCUUCUUGUGACCAGUGCAUGACAGAGCAAGCUUCAAACUAAGAUCGAAUGCCUCUGUUGAGUACUCUCCAUUCAACCUAGGAUCAGCAAAGUCCAAUACAUUGCCAUCUUGGAUAAGUGCAGAAGCCUGGGAAGACAGUCGACAGGAGCUGCAGGAGCACCAUCCCGAAGCUGUACACAUCCCCUGCAGCAUUCACCUUGCGGUUGUGGCGGUAUUCCGGAUCGACAUAGCCAAAGGUUCCUCUGACUUCAGAGCUUACGUACGACACACCUAAGUCAAUGACUCUUGAGAGUCCGAAAUCUGACAGCUUGGGUUCCAUAUCAACCCCAAGAAGUAUAUUGGUUGGCUGCCAUAGCAAGUACGAGUUUGAGUAAAUAUGAAUAGAUGCACUGAAUUCUUUCAGAUCAUGCAACAAACCUUGAUGUCACGGUGAACGAUGCAGCCUUCAGGAUAUAUGUGCAGGAACCAAAGGCCACAAGCACUUCCAAGUGCUAUCUGAAGCCUCUGAAUCCAUGAGAGGUUCUUAUCUUUUCCUGUAAUCAAAUUAUUCUUUUCUUCAUUGAAGUAAAGAAAAUAUAUACUUCUGAAGUUCUAGUCAUCAUGUUAAAUGUUUAGGCAAUCUUGUUACUCACCAAAUAGCCAUUCUGAUAGAUUACCAUUGAUACACAGCUCAUAGACAAGAAAGAACUCCUCCUGCCCAUCACAGUAACCUCUUAACGACACCAGAUUCGGGUGCCUGACAUGUGACAGGCUUGUAACUUCCCUAAGGAAAGUUCCUGCAUGCUCAUUCUUAACGAUGUGCUUCACUGCAACAGGCCAGCCAUUUGCCAGCACUCCUCUGUACACUUUCCCUGAACCACAAAAGGAUCAAAUUGCACACCAUCAAGAGUAACAUACUUUAGACAGUAUAUUUACUGCCUUCUAAGUCUCAUGCUCAUUGACGAGAAAUACACUUUCUGUUUGCUUGUUGAUAUAAAUACCAUAACCUUGAAUCGGCUAUUGUGGACUACAUGUACCUGCAAUACCCUGUCCAAUGACGUUUGUUGGACUCAAGUUCUCAGUUGCUGUGUAUAUAUCUUUGAUAGACAUCGGCUUGCAGGUAGUCUCCUCAUACUCAAGGGAUGCCAAUGUGACCUCUGCGAGAUAAACAUUUGCAAUUGCAUAUUGAUAUUAGUAGAGAAUGGCAAUGACCCCAACUAUCACCCCAGCAGAGAGGCAUCCUAGCAGCACUGCAUAUCCUGUUGAUAAAUUUGAUGAGCUCAAAGUUUGAAAGAUCAGGCAGAACGGAAUGGGAGAAAUUAGACAGCCUCCAGGCAGCAGUUGAUCAAGUAUGGAGCCGCCCCAAGGAGCAGGCAAAAGUCGAUCAACAGACACCCUAUUCAACUGGAGAGAUGCAAAUUCAGAUUGCGCUACAAGCCUCAGAUCUAGCGAGAGGCAGGUGUUCACCGCAGGGCCUAUGGUGCAGGCAUCGACAGAGACUAUACAACAGCCCCUGGCUUUUCGUGAUGCAACAGCACAUCCGCCAAUAGCGUGUACACGCGAUGUAUUGCACCUUGAAGAGCAGAUUGCAGCAUAUAAAUCAUACUUAGCUUACUUCUUAGGGCUUAAGGAUGUACGAUUACUGCUACAUGAGCGUAUUCAUAAAGGUCAAAGGUGAUCGAGCAUGA